UCCGGCUCAAUGUUUGUCUGCGGAGUGUUUGUUUUCUCCUUGCCUUACCCGUGCCCUGUAGCUUGCCUCCCGACCCCCAGUAGCUUUUAGCAGGAGUUACUCUAAAGGAGUCUUGCUGCCUUUCCGUCGUGUUAUUGAAGAGACGAGAAAGGAAGGCAGUUUAGAAGAACUGUUGAAGGCGUGCGCUUUCGUUAGUGUGUGUCUUGCUUGGGAGCAUGAGUACGGAUGCGUUUGUUACGGAAUAGAGCUCGCUUCUCCUCUCCCUCCGGUUAGCAAAUCCAGUUUACUGGUGGCGGGUUGAGGUGAAGGAAAGUCCAGCGUUAAUUGCAGGGUGCCAGGCGAGGGGAAUGGAUAGAUGGUGUUGAAAAGUUCUGAACUCCCUGAUGGCUUUUAGGUUUUUUCAAAGCGGCAUUUGGGGUGAGGGCGGCAGGGCGCGUGACGUUAUUCUGAUUGGGGGGUAACAGGUUGGUGUUUGGAGAAGCUGAAUCAUCAGCCUUUUGGUUGUGAUUAGACCUCUGGUUCCAAACCUGAGGUCUAAGGGCUUGUGAUCCGCAGGUGGUCACCGUUCUCUACCUGGGUGGGGUUUAGUUUUUACAGAACUAUAUAAAGAUAGCCAAGACGUUGUUAUGUGUAUCCCUUGAGGAGGAAUCGGGACUGUUGUUUUGUCACUCAACUAUUUAUUGUUCAGGUUAUCUAGUUUAAGUGCUACUUUUCUGCUUUCCCUGACUUCCCUAAUCAGCCAUUGCUUUGAUCUACUCUUUGGAACGCAGAGAAGGCCUGGGAGACUGAAUUCCACCCCCUCCCAACACCCCCCUUUUAAAAAUAAGAAACAGGAGACACAAGGCUUUUGUACCCAGUAGGGUUCCGAAGGUCCUUGUUUUCAGAUUUUAACUAGUACUAUGUGUCAUUACCAGUUGUUCACUGUUAUUAGCCCAGCUCUACAAGCCAGGUCCGAUUCUGGCUGUAUCUGGUCAUGGCAAGCGGGUUUCAUUUGGCUCAAGAGUGGGGUGUAUUUUCAGACCGACCAAAUUUGAACCCACAUCUGUGGGACAGUCUGGUAAAAGUCGCUGAAGUUAAUGCGAGGUAGAAAAGUGGGUAGAACAGAUCCUCUCAGAGGGAAAGAAAUGUACGGUAUUUUUUAAAGUGGUAGCCUACUAAGGCAAUAGGAGGUAGAGAGUUAGACAAAGGUAGACAAAGGACUUUUAUGAAAAGAUCAAAAAGAACUCAAUGGGACAAGUGGUAUUUGAGUUGGACCUUGAGCCCUAUCUAGAAUAGAGGGUGGGAUGGAAAGAGGAUAGCAUUUAAGUAGAAAUAGAAUGGAAAAGGCCUUCUUCCCUGGUGGCUCUGAUGGUAAAGAAUCCGCCUGCAAUGUGGGAGACCUGGGUUUGAUCGCUCAGUGGGGAAGAUCCCCUGGAGGAAGAGAUGGCGAACCACUCCAGUAUUCUUGCCUGGAGAAUCCCCAUGGACAGAGGAGCCUGGCGGGGUACAGUCCAUGAGGUUGCAAACAGCUGGACAGCACUGAGCACAGAGCACAGCUUGGGAAAAUAAAAGAAUGGAAAGUGAAGAUGUAGAAGCCUGGGUAAAGUAGUUUGGAAACACAUUCUAAAAACAUGUCAAGUUAAGGAGUUUCAGCUAUGUAUGGUAGGCCUUUUGUAGUGUUGCUUAUUCUUAAGGAAGGCUGCUUCCUCCACCUAAGCUGCUAUAAUUGUAUCCUUUCUUUUCUGAGAUUUGUUUUAUUUUAAAUUGCUCUCUCUGCUGCUUACUUGCCUAAAAACACUGAGUAUGCUUGAAUUACUUCCACUUUUAAAUACACACAAACUCUUGAACCUUUGUGCACCUCUGCACUACCCUGCCACUCUCCAUUUAUAACCAAGUUCCUCAAAACAGAAGCCCACACCUACUUCCCUAAGUCCUGUUGAUUUAUCAACCUACCACAGCCAGAUAUCUGUCCACACCCACUGACUGAGGGUCAUUGGUAAUCUUGGCAAAUCUAAAUGAGCAAUUAUAUUAAUAACUCUUUCUCUUGACCUCUGUUUAACUUUUAAUCAUAUUGGUCACUACUUGAAACCCUCACCUCCUUUGGCUGUUACUGACAUUCUCUCCCUAGUUCUCUCCCUUUUCUUUGAUUUCUUCGUCAACAUUUGCUGCCCUGUUUUUCCUGUGUGUUUUCCCUAGUUUCUUUAAAUAAGGAAGAACUCACUUUUUGCUUUUGUUUCAUAUGUUGAGGACCAAAGCAAGACCCGCUUAAUUAAAAACAAAAUUUUUUUUUGUAAUUAUUACACCAGUGUGCUGUGACUCUUGAUUUCUGAUGCCUAAUUUCUUCCCCGUUCAUUUCAUUUUUUAGAUUAGUGAAGUGAAAGUCACUCAGUCAUGUCUGACUCCUUGCAAGCCAUGCCAGAAUACUGGAGUGGGUAGCCUUUCCCUUCUCCAGGGGAUCUUCUCAACCCAGGGAAUGAACGCUGGUCUCCUGCAUAUUAGGUGGAUUCUUCACCAGCUGAGCCACAAGGGAAGCCCAACAAUCCUGGAGUGGGUAGCCUAUCCCUUCUCCAGCGGCUCUUCCCGACCCAGGAAUCGAACCAGGGUCUCCUGCAUUCCAGGCGGAUUCUUGACCAACUGAGCUAUCAGGGAAGCCCUCAUUUUCUAGAUUACUGGAAAUUAUGUUUCUAAAAGUGCAAAUUUUAUCAUGCCUGCUCCCUCAGGGAAGUGUUUUAAGACCGCGGGCUCUUUAGUGCCUAAAAGAUAGCGUCUAAGCUCCUCUGUGUAGCCUUUCCUCUAUACCUCUCUUCCAACCUAAAUACAUUCCCUCUGUACUUCUGUUAAUGGCACAUGUGUGCAGAAUUAGACACCAUCUAUGUAUGAAUGAGAAGGAAUUGUUGGUCUUCCUGAAGGCUAAAGUUUUAAGGAAGACAGGAAAGAAUAGAGAGGGGAGAAGGAGUUAGGAUACUGUGGUGUAAGUCCUAGUUAUAAGGUGACACUGGUCUGAAGUAAGGGCUCAGCAAAAAGGUAAUAUGGGAAAGAGAGAGUUAAUCAACUUGCUGUUGCCUGAAGCUGCCAUCUUCAAACUAUUUGAUCAUGGCACUCUUUCCAUAACAAAAAUUUUGAAUACAUGCCUCUGAUAUUAUGAGAAUAUUGGUGCUCUGUCAAACAUGUGACUGACUAAAUGGAAAGUGGGACCGGCAAGUUAAAAAUUGAAGUGACCCUUUGAUAUAUUCUCUUUCUGUAGGUGUAAAGAGAUUAAGAAAUUCCUUUCAUAACCAAGGAAAUAUAUGUAUUGGUGAUUUGGAAGAGUUUUGCCUGAACUGUUGUAAUGAAUUCUAUUUUAAACUUUUAUUUAUAUGUAACAAACAUCUGUUUCCCAUCACUGAGAAUAAGCAGAUGGUAACAUGUUUGAUUUUUUCUCUUUUUUAGAAGAGACUUAAGCUAUAAGUGUAGUUAAAGCCUUGCCCCUCAGUCCUUUCUCCCUCCCUCCCUGGAUGUAACUCCUGUAGAAAAGGUUUUGUUAGCCACUUUUCUGGAAAAUAUUUGAAGUGCAGGGAGCCAGAGGUAAAUCCUCACUAGCAUUAUAAAAAAGGCAUAGUCAACAGGAGGAAGAAAAUGGAUUCUGUGUUACAGUGUAAGCCAUUUCAUUAUUAUGUAUAUGAGAUGGUGAUUGGUUUAGAAUUUUUCUGGUAAAGAACCUGCCUGCAAUGCGGAAGACCUGGGUUGGAUCCCUGGGUUGGGAAGAUCUUCUGGAGAAAGAAAAGGCUACCCACUCCAGUAUUCUGGCCAGGAGAAUUCCAUGGACUGUAUAGUCCAUGGGGUGGCAAAGAAUCGGACACGAAUGAAUGACCUUCAGUUUCAGAGGUGGCUUUAGACUAGGGACAUCUGGAUUCCAGUUUUAUUUGGUAAUUAAUCUAUUUACUUUGAUUUAUUUAUUUAUUUGGCUGCUCUGGGUCAUAGCUGUGACACCCAGGAUCUCCUGGUCGUAGUUGCAGCUUAUGGGAUCUUUAGUUCUGUCUUUGGAACUCUUAGUUGCAGCAUAUGGGAUCUAGUUCCCUGGCCAGGGAUGGAACCCAGGCCCCCUGCAUUGGGAGCACAGAGUCUUAGCCACUAGCCCACCGGGGAAGUUCCUGAAUUCCAAUUUUAACUGACUAUUUACUGAUGGCUAAACUUGGCUGCUCUAGUUUUGGUUUCAUCUUCUGUGAGAGGAUAAAAACCUAUCUUACAGAGCUUUGUUUUGUUUUGUUUUGUUUUUAAGACUAAAAAUGUUUUUAAAACAUACAAAACAUAAGGUGAUUGCUUUAAAAGUAUUAUUGUUAAUACCAGUUUAUUUUUGUCCAGAACUCAAUCAUGCUGGUUAGACUACAGUAUUUACCAGCCUUUUCCGUGUCAUCUUACACAUCAGAAACCUACAAACCUACAAAGCUGUUUGGAACUAGCUUAAUGUAACUACUUCAAGAGCUCCAGGUGUGCCAGUUGGGAAGCUUUGCAUCAGAGAAUCAGGCUAGUAAUGUAACUUGGUAGACCAGCGAACUUUUGAUGGUCCCUUACUUGUUAAGAGACUACACUCAAUCUGGAAAUGUUGCCUCACAAACACGUACCAUUGUUAAGAAAACUCAGAAAAGAGAGAGAUGUGCCUUUAUUUAUUGGAAAAUAAUUCCCUGUACAUUCUCUCAUGAUUGUGUAGCAUCAUUUUCCUGGAACAAUAAGAUAAAAAGUCCCCCAAGUGGCAUUGGUUGUUCCUAGCAAAGAACAAACUUUAGAUGGUACCUUUCCAUUUACAGAGUGCUUUUGAACACAUCUGUGUCAUAUACUUGCAGCCCUGCAGGAAGCUGAUAGAUUGAGAGAUGUAUCUAAUACCACAUGGCUGAUAAAAGGGAAUUGAGGCUUAAAUGCAGGUUUUCUAACUCAGUGUUGUUUUUCAAGGUGAUUGAGAGAGUAUCUCAGAAUUAUGUUUUACCGUUUUGACAUAUCAUUUCCCUAACAAAAUUAGCUGAGAAAAAUGAAACUUUUUUUUUACCAGUUUCAGUUCCUUACAACUAUAUGCUUUAAAGCAUGAAUUAAAAUAUUUAAGAGUCAUACCUGUCGAUCUGUCUCCAAGAUAAAGAAGAGGGUGCAGAAAGAGCAGUUCUGUGAUUUUCAUUACAUUAGUCUCAUGAGUUUUUCCCCCUCACUCAUUUCUGAAUAUAGUAAUUUGGCUGGGAUUGACAAGUAGAAAAAUGGAAGGUAGUUUUUAUGUUCAAGACUAAGAAAAUGUCUUUUCAAAACAAAAUAGAAAAACUGAGUGUAGGAAAUGUACUUUGUUUUCUUUUGUUGUUCAGUCACUAUGUCGUGUCCAGCUCUUUGCGACCCCAUGGACUGCAGCAUGCCAGGAUUCCCUAUCCUUCACCAUCUCCCGGAGUUUCUUCACACUCAUGUCAAUAGAGUUGAUGAUACUGUCCAACCAUCUCACCCUCUGCUGUUCCCUUUUCUACUUGCCUUCAGUCUUUCCCAGCAUCAGGGCCUUUUCCAGUGAGUCAGCUCUUCGCAUCAGGUGGCCAGAGUAUUGGAGUUUCGGCUUCAGCAUCAGUCCUUCCAAUGAAUAUUCAGGGCUGAUUUCCUUUGGGACGGACUGGUUGGAUUUCCUUACAGUCCAAGGGACUCUCAAGAGUCUUCUCCAACACCACAGUUCAAAAAGUAUCAAUUCUUUAGCAUUCAGCCUUCGUCAUGGUCCAACACUCACAUCCAUACAUGACUACCAGAAAAACCAUAGCUGUGACUACAUGGACUUCUGUCAGCGAAGUGAUGUCUUUUUAUUUAAUACACUGUCUAGGUUUGUCAUAGCUUUUCUUCCAAAGAGCAAGCGUCUUUUAAUUUCAUGGCUGUAGUCACCAUCUGCAGUGAUUUUGGAGCCCAAGGAAAUAAAAUCUGUCACUGUUUCUAUUUUUCCCCCAACCUAUUUCAUUUGUUGUGAUAAAACUGGAUGCCAUGAUCUUCGUUUUUUGAAUGUUGAGUUUUAAGCCAGCUUUUUCACUCUCCUCUUUCACCCUCAUCAAGAGGCUCUUUAGUUCCUCUUCACUUUCUCCCAUUAGGCUGGUACCAUCUGCAUAUCUAAGGUAGUUGAUAUUUCUCCUGGCAUUCUUGAUUCCAGCUUGUGGUUUAUCCAGUCCACCGUUUCACAUGGUGUACUCUGCAUAUAAGUUAAAUAAGCAGAGUGACAGUAUACAUACUUGAUGUGAUCCUUUCCCAAUUUUGAACCAGACUUUUGUUUCUUGUCCAGUUCUAACUGUUGCUUCUUGACCUGCAUACAGGUUUCUCAGGAGGCAGGUUAGGUGAUCUGAUAGUCCCAUCUCUUAAGAAUUUUCCAGUUUGUUGUGAUCCACACAGUCAAAGGCUUUAGCAUAGUCCGUGAAGCAGAAGUAGAUGUUUUUCUGGAAUUCUCUUGCUUCUUCUGUGAUCCAGCGGAUUUUUUCUACUUGUUUUCUACUGUUUAGUAAUGAAUUUCCUCAAAAUUCAUCAGAAGCAUCUGUUUUCUCACAAAAUUUCUGAGGGUCAGGAAUUGUGGAGUGGAUUAACUAGGUGUGACUGGGAGUGUCAUAAGAUUGCAAUCAAAAUGUUAGCCUGACUGCAGUCACUUGAAGCCUUGAUUGAGGCCAAAGGAUAUCCUUUCAAAAAGGCUCUCUCAUGUGGCCUUUGACUGGAGAACUCAAGUUUCUAACCAAGUGGACUCGCCACGGGGCUGCUUAUGACAUGGCAGAUUUCCAACUGAUACCAUACAGCGCUCAAAAUGGAUCAGGGCUGUUAAUCGUAUGGACCCGAGAAGCAAAAAGAUUUGGAUCCCAGGACCGGGUGCUAUGCUAUGUUCCAAACAUUUUCAAGAAAGUGACUUUGAGUCAUAUGGCAUAAGAAGAAAGCUGAAAAAAGGAGCUGUGCCUUCUGUUUCUCUAUACAAGGUUCUCCAAGGUGUACACCUUAAAGGUAAAGCAAGACAGAAAAUCUUAAAAGAGCCACUUCCUGAUAAUUCUCAAGAGGUUGCUACUGAAGACCAUAACUACAGUUUAAAGAGACCUCUGACAAUAGGAGCAGAGAAACUAGCUGAGGUGCAGCAGAUGCUACAAGUGUCCAAAAAAAGACUUGCUUCUGCAAAAAACUACAGGAUGAUCAAGAAGAGAAAAGGCUUACGACUAAUUGAUGCGCUUAUAGAAGAGAAGCUACUUACAGAGGAAACAGAAUGUCUGCUACGAGCACAAUUUUCUGAUUUUAAGUGGGAGCUGUAUAACUGGAGAGAAACAGCUGAAUACUCCGCAGAAAUGAAGCAGUUUGCAUGUACACUCUACUUAUGCAGUAGCAAGGUCUAUGAUCAUGUAAGAAAGAUUCUCAAGCUGCCUCAUUCUUCCAUCCUCAGAACAUGGCUGUCCAAAUGCAAACCUGGUCCAGGUUUCAACAGCAACGUUUUUUCUUUUCUUCAGCAAAAAGUAGAGAAUGGAGACCAGCGAUAUCAGUCUUGUUCAUUGAUGAUAAAAGGUCUGUCUCUCACGCAGCAGCUUCAGUGGGACCCCAGCAGUCACCAUCUGCAAGGGUUUAUGGACUUCGGUCUUGGCACCCUUGAUGCUGACGAAAUGCCACUCGCCUCAGAAACUGUCUUGCUCAUGGCAGUGGGUAUUUCUGGUCACUGGAGCACACCUCUCGGUUAUUUUUUUGUAAACAGGGCCUCUGGAUAUUUGCAAGCUCAGCUGCUUCGUCUGACGAUUGGCAAGCUAAGUGACAUAGGGAUCACAGUGCUGGCUGUCACGUCUGACGCCUCAGCUCACAGUGUUCAGAUGGCGAGGGCACUGGGGAUACAUCUCGACGGAGACAAUGUGAAGUGUACAUUUCAGCAUCCUUCAUCAUCCAGCCAACAGAUUGCCUACUUCUUUGAUUCUUGCCACUUGCUUAAAUUAAUAAGAAAUGCAUUUCAGAAUUUCCAAAGCAUUCAGUUUAUCAACGGCACAGCACAUUGGCAGCACCUCGUGGAGUUAGCAGCACUAGAGGAACAGGAAUUAUCGCAUAUGGAGAGAAUCCCACGAAAACUUGCAAAUCUGAAGAACCACAUACUGAAAACGAAUUGUGCCAGCCAGGUCUUCAGUGAGAGUGUGGUCAGGGCAUUAGAAUGUUUGCUGUCAUUAGGCCUGCCUUCUUUUCAGAACUGUGUUGGUACCAUCCACUUCUUACGGUUAAUUAACAAUCUGUUUGACAUUCUUAAUAGUAGGAACUUUUAUGGAAAGGAAUUUAAAGGACCUCUAUUACCUGAAACUUUUAAUAAAAUCAACCAUGUGUUAACUGAAGCCAAGACUAUUUUUGUUACAUUAUCUGACACUAGCAAUAAUCAAAUCCUUAAAGGUAAGCGAAAACUGGGAUUCCUGGGAUUUUUGCUUAAUGCUGAGAGCUUAAAAUGGCUCUACCAAAAUUAUGUUUUCCCCAAAGUCAUGCCUUUCCCCUAUCUCCUGAUGUACAAAUUCAGUCAGGAUCAUUUGGAAUUAUUUCUAAAGAUGCUCAGACAGGUAUCAGUAACCACUUCUAACCCCACCUGCAUGGCAUUCCAGAAAGCUUACCAUAAUUUGGAGACCAGACACAGAUUACAAGAUGAGGUCUUCCUAAGUGAAGUAAGCAGCCUUGACAUUUCAAUUGCUCGAAGGACAGACCUGGCCCUCGGGACAGUUCAGCGUGAGUAUGGUGUCAGCAUUAUAGAGAGUCUUUUUUACAAAGAGGAUAUUUGCCCAGACUGGUCUGACUGUUUGCUAAGUGAGGCAUUACUAGAUCUGUCAGUUCGUAGGCGAAAUCUCACCUCUUACGCUGGUUAUAUUGCCAAUAAGUUAUCAGCUCUGUUAACAUGCGAGGACUGCCUCAGUGCGCUGUAUGCAUCGGAUCUCAAAGCCUCUAAAAUUGGAUCCCUGUUGUGUGUUAAAAAGGAGAAUGGUGUGCAUUUCCCUUCUGAAAGUUUGUGCCGAGUCAUAAAUACUUGUGAGCGAGUUGUGAGAACCCAUUCAAAGCCGACAGUUCAUGAACCACUGCUUCCCAAACAGAGGGAAUUUUACCUUCAACAGAAAAUAUUAUAUGAGCUUUCUGGGCAUAUUUAUCUUUUUGUAGAGUUAGAUGAGCAUCUCUUUGAUGGAGAAGUAUGUGCCAUCAAUCACUUUGUAAAGUUACUAAAGGAUAUCAUAAUCUGUUUCUUAAAGAUCAGAGCUAAAGAUAUAACUCAGUACUCCUUAAAACACCACUCAGAAAGAAUUGAGCUGAAAUCUUUGUCAAGGAAACACUGGUCAUCUUCACAGAAUUACAGAUGUUCAAGUUUUGCGAAUACCAAUAAAUGCAGGCAUUUGCUAAGGAACAAUAGAUACCCAUUCAAAUGAAGGACCUAAAAUAUAUUAACAUUUUUAUUAAAAAUAAUUGGUCAACAUUUAUUUUAAAAUUCAACUGACAAUAUUUUACAAAUUCUGCACAGUGGACAAGUUUGUG